UGCAGGCCGGUAGGUGGGCACGGCCGGGUUCCGCUCCUGCCUACGGCCAGCCCCAUAGCCGGCCCCAUAGCCGGCCCCACGGCUGCUUUCCCAGCUCAUCCUGCGUGUCACUUCUUGGCUUGGGGUUCGGGCAGGUCCUCCCGCGGCAAACAAAUAUCCUUGUUAUUAUCUGCCUCCCCCCCCAACCGCGUUUAGAACGACUCCCCCCUCCCCCCAGUUUAUUUUCCGGUUUUCAGCAUGGCCGUGGAUUGGAUCGGGUUCGGCUACGCCGCUCUGGUGACAUCGGGAGGGCUCAUUGGCUACGCUAAAGCAGGCAGUGUUCCAUCGCUGGCUGCUGGGCUGCUCUUUGGAAGUCUGGCUGGACUGGGUGCCUAUCAGCUCUCCCAGAAUCCAAGCAAUGUUUGGAUUUCUCUGAUUACAUCUGGAACACUGACUGCCGUAAUGGGAACAAGGUUUUACAACUCUGGAAAGUUCAUGCCUGCAGGGCUGAUUGCUGGUGUCAGUUUGCUGAUGGUGGGAAGAUUAGCACUGAAGAUGGUGGAGAAGCCCCAUGAAAAGUAAUUGCUCAUUUUACUGCUUAUCAUCUGCGUGAAGAAACCUGAUAAUGACACUGUGAACACAGAAGCAAGAAAAUGAGGAUGGAUAGUUAUAUAUGAAGUGCCAUUUAUUUCAAGAAUCUGGUAGAGCUCUUACUGUGCAGUGAGAAUUUGGUCCUGGUUGUUUUUUUGAAACACAUUUCAAUGUAUUUUGAUACUUUUGAUUUUUAUAUCCCAAAAUAUACUGAUGACAUAUAUGAAGUAGAGUGGAUCUGUAAUUAGGCAAGCAACCAUGCAGUGUCACCAGAAACAACUGGCUGAAUACAGCACUGUAUCUCAUAACUUUUAUACCAAGUACUACAGUAUGCUUUACCUGCUGUAUCCUGAGUUGAUAUAUCAUGUCUGUGUAACACCAAACAAAUCUUUUUAUUGUGAAAUGAUGCUGAAAUGUUGCUUUUCUACAAGUAAAACCUGUUACAAACAUUCA